GCUACGAUUAUAUCACAAAUGGCUUCAAGUCUUUGGCCCAUCUGACAAAGGAUUCCCCAAAUCGCUUGGCGAAUCGUGCUAUGAUGACGUGAAUUUUAGAGUUGCAACCCCUUUCCUUUUGGCCCUAUCCACUGUACUCUCCAUGACCAUCGAAGAUCACUUCAUAACUCUCUGACGACUUUGACUGAUCACUUGCGUCGAGACUCAGAAGCUGUCAAGCGUCCGCCCGUCGCUCACGAUGAAGCUCAAGAGUCCGCGCUCUGUGCAUCUACUGACACUCGCCACCUUGAUCCCCACUGCCUUGGGUUUCUCGUUCAACACUUCAACACCGACACAAUGUGGAGACAUGACGGUCCAAUGGGAUGGAGGGACCGAGCCUUUCUACCUGAUCUUGAUACCGACCGAGAGCUUGACCGCUGGACGUAUCAUGAAUGUCUCUAUCCCUCCUGGACUUCAACCACCCUAUUCUCACACCUUUCGACUGGAUGAACCGGCAGGUUUGCACUUCCUCGCGACGAUGUACGAUUCCAAGGGCUUCGGUACAGGUGGAACCACAAGCACAUUGCGCGUCGGAUCAUCUAGUAAUACCUCAUGUCUCAGCACGGACCUGCGGUACGAUUUUUUCUUCUACAUUGACCCCCAGAACAACCCUUCACAAUGUCAAUCCAUGCGUAUCUCAUGGGAUAACACCAUCACCUACCCGCUCAAUCUGUAUGGUCUCAUCCCAUCAGGAACCCCGUUCGACAUUCCCAUCUCUCAACAGACCGGCAACGUCUCCGUUGACUGGCAGGUCGACAUUGACGAUGGAACCCAGUUUCUCCUUUUCAUGGCAGAUGCUGGGGAGUAUCAAACCGGGGGCAGCACAUCCCUAUUCACGGUACAGUCUGGGAAUGACAAUUGCAUGACUUCGUCUUCGCCAAAAAUCGCUGGCAAUGCAUCAGGCGGAUCGAACGAUACAGGAUCAUCGGGAGGUUCGGUCGAAGGUGUCGGUGGAUCUUCUUCUGGAGGUGAUGGGCAAGGAAGCACGAAUGGCUCGGGCGGGGGAGGUGGAGCGGGCGCCCACACGGGUGCGAUCGUUGGGGGGACCCUCGGAGGCGUCGCCUUUCUAGCUUUGCUCGGGAUCCUACUCUGGUUCUGCAUCCGUCAGAGAACUCGCGAUAAGUCGAACGACAAUGUCCGGUCGUACGGUUUCAACAAGGAGAAGGGUCCCAGGGAGUCUCGUGGACACUUGGACUUACUCGGCCCUCAAGGUCCAGAACGACACCACUCAGACGAUUCUUCCAAUACAGCGGCGCUCGGAGAUGGCAGGAGUUACACUCCAAUGCCGUUCCGAUACCCUUCCCCUGAAGCUCGUGAUUCGAACGGCUCGCCCCUUGCAUCGGCCGGGUUCGGCGCGCACGACAUGCCUGCAACAUCUGCUGUACUAGCUGGAACACCGAUGAAUGAGAAGCGUCGAUCAGGCACAACGGUAACGCCAGAUGUACAUAACGAUAUAGUGUUGCCUCACCAAUUAUACGAAGGGUCCGAUCGACCGAGCUCAGAUGCUCGAUACUCGCAUGAUACCGGUCCGAAUCAUAGUGGAAGCGGUACGGGGACAGGGACGGGUCUGACACCUUCGACUGACCAUCGAGCUCGUCCGCACAUUCCUCCUGGCGCUAUGGCGCCUGUCGGUCCUUCGGCCUAUCAUGACAGGCAAGAGACAAGCGAGGGACAGAGUGACUCGGCAACGAUAGGUCGGUUACAGAGGAAUUCAUCGGUACACAAGCCUUCGAUCGGAGGUGAUCAUCCCGCUGGUGAUCAUCCCGCUCAAGGUGUUCUUGCGGACAACGACACUCCUGACAGUCCAGGUGCCGCUCGACCGCUACCCGAAGUCCCCAUGCAGUAUGUCCAGCAUCAAGAUUCUGGCCGCAUUGUAGAUCUGCCUCCUCGCUACGAUCAAUUGAGAGCUGCGAACCCGGAUCCAUGACCCAGACAGUUCUCUCAUUAUGACCUUUCGUAGAUUGUGCUUUACGAAACGUUGGUAUAAUUAUGACCAGAUACGACG